AUGGAUGAUUUUAAGACCAUACCAGAGCGAGUGGUGGACCCCCCAGAGCCAGAGGACCUGCAGUCCUUCAGAGACAAGAAGAGGUACUUCCAGAAGAUCGGUGAUCAGCCCUAUGAAGAAAUCCCAAAGCCUCGUUCACCCCCCCCCAGCACAUCCAGGCGGCAGCAGCGCUCCCCAUCACCGCCACAACCAUCACCCCCCCCUUCAGCACCAAAGCCUGCGGUGAAGCGUCUCUACACCCCUCCUGUCGCAAAAGCAGACCCCCCAAAAGAAACACCCACCCCAGCUCCUCUAGCUAGCCCUAAGCCUGAACCCACCUCCAACAUCCGGGAAAUCAUCAAAAUGUACAACAGCCGACCCGAACCAGAGGCCAAACCCUUCGAGCCCGUCAGGCCUCCGGCACGGAAUUUUAAGAGGCAGAAUGACCCCAAAGAGGAAGCUCUGGCCAAACUCAGAAGUAAAGCUCCAGUGCCACAGCAGCAGAGACAGUGGGUGCCUCCACCAGUCAAGCCUAAAAGGGAGCUCCCCCCCCCAAUGAGCCCGNUAAGGUGA